AGCGGGCGGGACGGGAUGGAGCGGCCCCACGGCCUGGCGCUGCGCUGGGGUCUGUCCCGAAGCAGCCCGGCCCGGCCCUGCUCCGCGCUCGUCCCGGGCAGGGCCCGGCAGGGCGGGGCGGGGAGGGGCGCGGGAGCAGGACGGGCUGCUGCGGGGAGGCGGGUUCGUCCCGCCCCGCCUCGUCCCUCCUCCUGCACGUCGAGCCCGGGUGCGGGAUCCCCCUGCGCCGGCCCGGCCCGCGGGGGCAGCGCGGAGGGGUGUUCCUGGAGACUGGACACUGUUGAGAGGCGCCGUGCACAAGUGUACAGAGAGCGAGAGCCCAGGCCCCCGGCCGGUGACAUCCCUGCUGGGGAGACGUGGCUGCUGCGCUGGAGCCCGUGGCAGCCGUGGGCAUCCCCUUCCCAGCGGGAGCUGAAGGAGCAGGACACAGAAGGUGUGCAGGAGGGGCUGAGGGUGCAGAAGUCCCUCGUGUCAUCCAGACCGGAGCCGGUCCAGCACCAAGAGCUCUGGGGGCAGGACGCGAUGCAGGCCAUGCAGCCCCCUUGCGAGGCCGAGCUGCCCUCCGCGACCCCACAGUUGGCAGCGCGGGAUGAGCUCCCCACCCCAGAGCCCUGGCGCCAGCUCUUCCGUGGCCUGCGCUACCGGGAAGCUGAGGGCCCAGGGAAGAUUUGCAGCCUCCUGCGGGAGCUGUGCCGGUGCUGGCUGGAGCCCCAGCGCCGCAGCAAGGAGCAGAUGCUGGAGCUGGUGGUGCUGGAGCAGUUCCUGGCCAUCCUGCCCCUGGAGAUGCGGAGCUGGGUGUGCGGGUGCCGCGUGGAGACGUGUGCCCAGGCCGUGGCCCUGUCUGAGGGGUUUCAGCUGGGGCAGGCAGAGGACGAGAAGCUCCAGGUCACCAUGGGUGUGAAGGUCGAGGAAGGGUCCUCAGACCAGAUGCAGCCCCCAGGGGCCCUGCCGGAGCCUGGUGAUUCCUGGGAGCAGCAGCCAAAUGCCCAUGGUGCCCGGACCCUGAGCAGAGCGGAUCAGCAGCCUCCAGAGGAAGGGCCUGUGAACCUGGAGCUGCAGAGACCCUCCCCAGGGAGACGGGGACAGAGCGGCUCCCUGACGCCUGGGCCGGGCCAGCUGCAGGAGGGGCAGGGCAGGCCGGCGAAGCAGGGGGAGAGCAUGGAGCUCCGGGAGGUGUUUGAGGACGUGGCAGUGUAUUUCACACGGGAGGAGUGGGAGCUGCUGGAAGAGGAAGACAAGGGGCUUUACCGGGACCAGAUGCUGAGGAACUACCAAGCCCUCGUUUCCCUGGCAGGGUAUUGUGGUCCCACACCUGACUUGAUCUGCCGCAUCCAGCGAGAACAGGUCGAGCUCUGGGUCUGUGAUGAUGUGUACUGUGGGGAAAUCUUGAGGCCGGAGGACCUGCUGCCAGGACAUGCCUGGUUGCUGAGCAGAAAUGAGGAGCAGGCUCCUGAGAAAGAGCCUGAAAAGCUAAAGCCAUCAUGGGCUUCCCUGGGGAGUGUGGGUGAGGUGGAUUCCCUGAGCCCAGCAAAGGACCAAUGCCACAAGGGCCAGGGGAUGCCCCAAAAGCAGGAAAAUGUAGCAGCAAAGCAGGUCCCAUCUCCAGUUGGGCAUUGGGAUGAAGAAGGGGAACAAGCCCGAAACAGCCCGAGGUGCAGGGAUGAAUAUAUCAUGCUGAGACACCUGAAGAGGCAGAAAGCAAAGGUCCACUGGAGAGAGACACUGCAUGCAAACCAGGGCAGUGUGCAGGAGCUGGUAAAGAGGCAGGAGUUCACUGCCAAGCCCAGGGGGAGAGUCCACUCCUGCCCUCAGUGCAGGAAAAGCUUUAGUUGCCCCUCGCGCCUGGCUCUUCACAAGAUAAGACAUGCUAGGAAGAAGCCCCAUGUAUGUGCCACGUGUGGGAAGAGCUUCACCUGCCUCUCGACCCUGGCUGCUCACCACCAGGUCCAUUCUGGACAGCUCCCCCACCGCUUCACCAAAAGGGGGAAGAGCUUUGUUCACAGCUUGGAGCUGCUCAAAAAACAACAUGUGCACAGGAAGAAGCAUCAGUACCACUGCGUCACAUGUAGCAAGACCUUUACCCAUAUCUUCUCCCUGGUUCAGCACCGUCGGAUGCACUUGGGGAGGAAGACGCACCACUGCAAUGAGUGCAGGAAGAACUUCAUCAGCUGGCAAGACCUGUCCCAGCACCGGUGUGUACAGAAGAGGCAGCAACCACACUGCUGCACAAAGUGUGGGAUGAGAUUCAGGCAGCCCUCCAGCCUGGCCAGGCACAGGUGCAUGAACACACGGGAGAAGCCACAUCGUUGUUCUGUGUGUGGGAAGAGCUUUGCUCAAUCCUCCAACCUUACCCUGCACCAGCGCAUCCACACAAGGGAGAAGCCACAUGGUUGUUCUGAGUGUGGGAAGGGCUUCACCCUGUCCUCCCACCUGACUGUGCACCAGCGAAUCCACAAUGGGGAGAAGCCACAUCAGUGCUCUGUGUGUCAGAAGAGCUUCACCUACAUGUCCCGUCUGACCCGGCAUCAGCGCAUCCACACAGGAGAGAAGCCACAUCAGUGCUCUGUGUGUCAGAAGAGCUUCACCCAAUCCUCCCACCUAGCUGUGCACCAGCGCAUCCACACAGGGGAGAAGCCACAUCAGCGUUCUGUGUGUCAGAAGAGCUUCAUGUCCAACUCCAGCCUGACACAGCACCAGCGCAUCCACACAGGGGAGAAGCCACAUCAGUGCUCUGUCUGUGGGAAGAGAUUCACCAAACGCUCCCAACUAGCUGAGCACCAGCGCAUCCACACAGGGGAGAAGCCACAUCAGUGCUCUGUGUGUCUGAAGAGCUUCAGCUACAUCUCCAGCCUGACCCGGCACCAGCGCAUCCACACAGGGGAGAAGCCACAUCAGUGCUCUGUGUGUCAGAAGAGCUUCACCCAAUCCUCCCACCUAGCUGUGCACCAGCACAUCCACACAGGGGUGAAGCCAUAUCACUGCUCUGUGUGUGAGAAGAGCUUCACCCAAUCCUCACACCUAACUGAGCACCAGCGCAUCCACACAGGGGAGAAGCCAUAUCACUGCUCUGUUUGUGAGAAGAGCUUCACCCAAUCCUCCCACCUAGCUGAGCACCAGCGCAUCCACACAGGGCUCAAGCCACAUCAGUGCUCUGUGUGUCAGAAAAGCUUCACGUCCAUCUCCAGCCUGACACAGCACCAGUGCCUCCACACAGGGGAGAAACCACUUCAGUGCUCUGUCUGUGGGAAGAGAUUCACCAGAUGCUCCCAACUAGCUGAGCACCAGCGCAUCCACACAGGGGAGAAGCCACAUCAGUGUUCUGUGUGUAUAAAGAGCUUCACCGACAUCUCCAGCCUGACCCGGCACCAGCGCAUCCACACAAGGGAGAAGCCACAUCAGUGCACAGUGUGUGGGGAGACCUUCACCCAUUCCUCCCACCUGGCCCGGCACCAGCGCAUCCACACAGGGGAGAAGCCACAUCGCUGUUCUGAGUGUGGGAAGAGCUUCAGCCGAUCCUCCCACCUGACCCGGCAUCAGCUGAUCCACACAGGGGAGUAGCCACAUUAGUGCUCUGCAUGUGGAAAGAGCUCCACACUGUCCUCCAGGUGGGCCUAGCCCCAGCAUGUCUACACAGGGGACAAGCCACAUCAGUGCUCUGUGUGUGGGAAGAGCUUCCCCCACUCUUCCCAUAUGGUGCAGCAGCAGCUUAUCCACAAAAGGGAGAAGCCAAAUCAGUGCUAUGAGUGUGGGAAGAGCUUCACCCACUCUUCCAAGCUGGCCCAGCAGCAGUGCAUCCACAAAGGGGGAGUAGCCACAUCAUUGCUCUUAGUGUAGGCAGAGCUUCACCUACUCCGGCAGCCUCUGCUGAGCACCAGUGCAUCUACACAGGGGAGAAGCUACAUCGGUGCUCUGAGUAUUGGAAAAGCUUCCCCCAUCUCUCCCACCUGUCCCAGUAUCAGCACAUCCAUACCCAGAAGCAUCUCUAAUUCUGCCAGCCGUGCAGGAAGCCCUGGGAGAUGUCUGCCUGCUCAGCACCCACCAGUGGUGCAUUCAGACAAGCACCCCUAUGCUGGUGACUGUCACAACCCAAAAGUUGUGAUUUGGUUUUUGUGUGUGCUUCGGCACUGCUAAAUUAUGUUCCCACCAAAUUGUAGUUUCUUUGCAUGGUAGAGUUCUCUGCUGUGAGAGAGAACUCUGGUGCAACGGAGGGUUUUCCCACCGAUUUUGCAGCUUCUUUGCACUGUGUAUAUCUUUUGCAUUUGGAGAUACACGCUGCAAAGGAGUUCCCGCCAUUUGUAUUAAGAUCCGUGCCACAUUAUUGGCCGGUUUUUAAAUUAUGCAUAUGUGGCGACUAGCUAUUGGCUUGCUAGCCAUACAAAAGGCUUGGGUAGUUUCCGCCCAAGCCAGAGAGAGAGGAAACCUGGAGAUACCCGGAGGGAGAAACCCGGAGAUACCCGGAGAGAGAGAACCUGAACUCGAGGAUCUCGAAGCGCUGCGGAUCCUCACGGACCGAACGCAUCUCUCUUAAGCAGGCAGCGGAGUUCUAACCAGCCUCUAGCCUCUCCCCGUCGCCGAGCACAAUCCUAAGAUGUAUCCCUAUCCUAAGAACCCAGUUUUCGACCCCUCGGAGUAUUGGCAGCUCCAAGGGACCUGGGAACCGGACCGUUUCCACAGAGCCUAGCAAACUUCGUGUGAUUAAUUACCGAACCUGCGGAGCCUAGCAAACUCCGUGAGGACCGAACCCCGCAGAGACUAGCUAACUCCAUGAGGACCGAAUUGCUGAACCCCGCGGAGCCUAAACCACUCCGGGGCCUAGGAACCGUGUUUGUCAGAGUCCUUUAAUGAGGAUUCAAUGGAUCUGCACCUGGAAAGCUGUCCAGCCUACACCAUAACCAUCUUCGGUGUAAGUAAAUAAUCUUUUCAAUCAACAA